AUGGCUACUACUACGACUCCAAAAGUCCCUCCAGCAGGAAUCUGGGCCCCAGCCGUGACUUUUUUCGAUCCCGAAACAGACGAAUUAGAUCUCGAAGCACAAAAGAAAUACUACACCUAUCUCUCGCAACAUCUCACUGGCCUCGUCAUCCUCGGCACCAACGCCGAAACAUUCCUCCUCACACGCUCCGAACGCGCCUCCCUCCUCCAGACAGCCCGCUCGGCCGUCGGUCCCAACUAUCCACUCAUGGCGGGCGUCUCCGGCCACAGUACGAAGCAAGUCCUCGAAUUCAUUUCGGACGCGGCGGCUGCGAAAGCGGAUUAUGCGUUGGUGUUGCCUUGUGCGUAUUUUGGGAAACAGACGACGGGGGCCGUGGUGAAGAAGUUUUAUCAGGAGGUUGCGGAGAAGAGUGUGUUGCCGGUUGUGAUUUAUAAUUUUCCCGGGGUGUGUAAUGGCGUGGAUGUGGAUUCGGAUGUUAUGGUGGAGUUGAAGGGGAGGUGUGAGAACAUCGUCGGCACCAAACUCACUUGUGCCCAAGUCGGCAAAAUCACCCGUCUCUCCUCCGCCUUCCCAGCCUCCACCUUUGCCACCUUUGGCGGACAAUCCGACUUCCUCAUCGGCGGUCUCGCAUCCGGCUCUGCAGGCUGCAUCGCCGCGUUUGCAAACGUCUUCCCUCGCACCAUUUCCCACAUCUAUCGGUUGUGGAAGCAAGGCAACACGGAUGAGGCACUGCGGUUGCAUCAGAUUGCUGCCGGGGCGGAGAGUGUCACCAAGGCGGGCAUUGCGAAUACCAAGUAUGCGGUGAGUUUGACGUCGGCGAGGUGGGCGGGGAUUGAGGGGGCCGAGGAGAAGUUGAGGCCGAGAAGGCCGUAUGAGGAGCCGGAGGAGAAGGUGAAGGGGGAGAUUCGAAAGAGGAUUGAGGAGAUGAUCAAGAUUGAGGAGUCGUUGUAG